CUUGCGAAGGGAUCGCCGACGUGAGGCUGACGCUGCUGGGUCCUGGUGCCCGCGGGUUAGUGGCCACGUCUCCCGGAAGAUGGAUCCGGGGAGCCCUGUCUAGACUGCGGCCUGGGGAGUAGCUGCUGCCGCUGUCGGCUUUUGUGUUGCCUCGCUCCUUUCCUCGGCGUCGUGGGUCCAGCGUGGGCUCCUUGGCUUCGGAGAUCUGGGGUAGGAGCCGACAUGAAGUGAGGCCGCGAGGGGCGAAUAUUGGAUCUUCAAAUUCCAUAUAAUUUUUUACUAUCAUUAUGUCUUGGUUUGCUGACUUGGCUGGAAAGGCAGAGGAUCUUCUCAACAAGGUGGAUCAAGGUGCUGCAUCUGCUUUGAGCAAGAAAGAGAGUUCUGGCAAUGCAAAUUACAACAAUAGCACCUUGGAUGAUGUCGGCGAGUUCCCCAAAGUGCACCAACAGACUCGGGAUCAGCAGUAUCAAGCAUCAUCUAAGUCUGGCUUUGUCUCCUCGGCAGCAGAUAAUAUUAAACAUCAAAAGGCAACAAUCCUGGCAGGAACCGCCAAUGUUAAAGCAUCGUCCAGGUUAUCCAUGGAAUCUUCCCCUUCCUCAGAGGCAGCAUCCGUGCCUAGAGUGUCUUCCCAGUUUGUGAGAAGGAAAAAGUCUGAACCCAACGAUGAACUCCUGUUUGACUUUCUCAAUAGCUCUGAAAAGGAACCAAAUGGGAAAAUGGACCUUAAACGAGAGAAAAGCAGAGCAGCUGCUUCUCAAAACCACUCUCGGACUUCAAGCAUCAGCUCCGUGUCAGCAAGUUCACAGAGUGUCAAAACCGGUGAAGACGCUUCCCUUCGGAGUCAAGGCAAUGAUACUCUGGAUAGUUCCAGUUCUGGACUGGAGACUGAUGUGGAUGUUAAAAAAGACCCAUUGCCAACUGCAGAAGCUAACCCCAGCCUCGCACCUAAUGAUGGGAAAUUGCACGAGUUGUCCAAUCUUCGCCUUGAGAAUCAGCUUCUGCGGAAUGAAGUGCAAUCUUUAAAUCAAGAAAUGGCAUCAUUAAUUCAGCGAGCCAAAGAAACACAAACAGAAUUAAACAGUGCCCGAGCAAGAGUUGAAAAGUGGAAUGUUGACCAUUCAAACAAUGACAGGCUCGUUCGGGAACUUCAAGCUCAAGUGGAUGAUCUGACAGAAGCCGUUGCCGCCAAGGAUUCCCAGCUGGCUGUCCUGAAAGUGAGGUUACAGGAAGCCGAUCAGCUUCUCAAUUCACGUACUAAAGCAUUGGAAACAGUGCAGAGUGAAAAAUCACGAAUAAUACAGGAUAACAGUGAAGGGAAUAGCCUGCACAAUCAAGCUCUCCAGACUCUUCAAGAGAGAUUACAUGAUGCAGAGUCUGCGCUCAGACGGGAGCAGGAAGGCUACAAACAGAUGCAGAACGAGUAUGUGGCUCGGCUCGGUAAGUUGGAAGCUGAGCGUCAGAACUUGGCUGAAGGAGUUAUUGCAGCAGAGAGGAAAUCUGCAGAGGAGAAGCGGAGGGCAGAUGAAUUUCAGCAGCAAGUCAAAAUGGCCAAGAGCGGCUUGGAGUCUGCUAGGCAGGAACUGGUAGACUACAAACAAAAGGCUACACGCAUACUCCAGUCAAAGGAGAAGCUGAUAAACAGCCUGAAAGAAGGGUCUGGCAUUGAAGGUCUGGAUAGCCAAACCACAAGCAUCAUGGAGUUGGAGGAACUAAGGCACGAGAACGAUAUGCAAAGGGAGGAAUUGCAAAAACUGCGGGGGCAGAUACAGCAACUGAGAACAGAAUUGCAGGAUAUGGAAACCCAGCAGAUAAACGAAGCCGAGUCCACAAGAGAACAGAUUCAAGAAUUGCAGGAUCAAAUUGCAACACAAAAAGCAUCCAGGCAAGAAGUGGAAGCUGAACUAGAGAGACAGAAACAGGAGCUACGUUACACUGAAGAAGAACUGUACCGGACAAAGAAUACUCUGCAGAGUCGGAUAUCGGACAGAGAAGAGGAAAUUCAGAAGCUGAGAAACCAGCUGACAAACAAAACACUAGGUAGCAGCAGUCAAUCGGAGUUGGAGAAUCGGCUCCAUCAGUUGACGGAGACACUAAUUCAGAAACAGACCAUGUUGGAGAAUCUGAGCACAGAAAAGAACUCCUUAGUCUACCAGCUGGAGCGAUUGGAGCAGCAGCUGAAGACUGCCCAAGGUCCUUCAACAAAUGGCUCCUCCAUUAAUAUGGUGGGAAUUGACGGCGGCGAAGGUGCACGCAUGCGAAAUGUUCCUGUCCUUUUUAGUGAUCUUGAUGUUAAUGCAGCAGGAAUGUAUGGCAGAGUCCGCAAGGCUGCCAGCAGUAUAGAUCAGUUUAGCAUUCGACUUGGAAUCUUUCUACGACGGUAUCCCAUCGCAAGGGUAUUUGUAAUCAUUUAUAUGGCGCUGCUUCACCUCUGGGUCAUGAUUGUUUUGCUCACCUACACCCCAGAAAUGCAUCAUGAUUAUCCAAGUGGGAAAUAAAACCCGAUUCUGGAACAGAAACAUACUUAGAUUGCUUAUGUAACCUUCGUUGGCCAAGGAGAAAACCCUCCAACAGCUGACUAUUUGCAAGGGAGAGAGGGGUUUUGGCAUUGGAAAACAGGACAGCGGCUGCAUUUGUUUCCUUGCUACUUUGGCAAACUUAAAUUAUUUGGCAAGGUGUUCUAAUUUAAGUAUCUUUCACUUCCAUGAGACAAAAGCCAUAUCCCUGGGGGAGAAGGCUAUUCAAAGAAUUCUAGCCUCUGUUCUGUCUUUCGUCACUCCCUUAGCAUUGCACACACUUAUGAAGCCUGUGUAGAGCAACACCAUUUUUUGAAAAGUAUAAAUGGAUAUGGGGCACACUGUAUUUUUGAUCCUGCAGGAAAUGGGCUCUAAUCAGGGAAACUAACUGUAAUUAGAAGCUAAAAUGAACUUUCAUUCAUUAUUGCACCUUUUAACUGUGUAAAUAUACAUUUAGCUUUUCUUUAAUAAGCUCUCUCAUACCACAGAUCAGACAGCUGCUUCUCAGAAUUUACCUUAUCUGUAAAUAGCUUUAAAGAGAAAUAAAGAAUAUAUUAUGCAUUG